AUGAUGGAUUUUGAACGAAUUAUUCAAUUUAUAAUCUUCAGUUCCAUUACCUCAUUUUGUGCAUUUUCACCUAUCAUUGUACCAUUAGCGGUUACUUUCUUAUCAUGGGCUUGGUCUUCGACUAUAAUUCUUAGUCUUUCGUUAAUCUAUUGUUGUUGGCUGUUCAUUGAUCGUCAUACUGAUUCAGAAGGAGGUCGAUGGUCGGAUUGUCUUCGUCAAUGUUAUAUUUGGACACGAUGGGUACAAUAUUUUCCUCUUACAUUAAUUAAAACUAUGGAUCUCGAUCCAAAUCGAAAUUAUAUAUUUGGUUAUCAUCCACAUGGUAUAGGAUCAUUUGGUGCAUUAGGCAAUUUUGGUACGGAUGCAACACAUUUUUCUAUUCUCUUUCCAAACAUUCGUCCACAUUUGAUGCUUCUUCGAAUGCAAUUUUUCAAUCCAUUUACACGCGAUAUUUUACUAGGAUCGGGGGCAUGCUGUGUAUCACGUGACAGUUGUGAGUAUUUAUUGAGUGGAAAAUGUGGUCGAGGAAACGCAUUGGUUAUUAUUAUUGGUGGUCAGCGAGAAGUAAUAUUAUCACGAAAUGACACAAUGAUACUUUAUCUGAAGACAAGAAAAGGUUUCAUUCAAUUGGCUUUGAAAUAUGGUGCUUCCAUUGUACCUGUUAUUUCCUUCGGAGAAAAUGAACUGUACAAACGGCAUACUUUUUUCGGGUUAAUACCUAAUGGUGUUCCCUGGGGUCAAUUUAUUCUGGGACUGCUACCGUUGCGGCAUCCCGUUACCACUGUUGUUGGUAAACCGAUUCAUGUUGUUCAAAUUGAUGAUCCAACUUCUAACGAUAUUAAUCAACUUCACAAUGAAUAUCUUCAAGCAGUUGAACAAUUAUUUGUAGAGAAUAAAGAUAAAUAUGGAUUGGGACAUGUCAAACUUGAAAUUAUUUGA